UUCUUCGGAGAAAAUUUCAAUAUGAAAUUUAUAACAUGUAGUGAUGUGAAUAUCCUUAAAAUAUUUCCUUUAAUGGAAACGGAUAUUUGUGCAACAAAUCAAGUGCAGUUGAUAUCAACAUGCUGUGUAGGCGGAAUGUUAUUAUUAAUGGCAGCUGUAGCUUUGGUGAAAUUUCGACACAGGUGCUACAAAACAUUACUUAAAUUUCAUAGUUUACGCUCGGCUAUUGUUGUAUGCCUUCUGGUCAUAAACACUUUGGAAUUGGGAAGAGCAUGUCUACCGUUAAGUCAACAAUUUUUAACAACACUUAAAGGACGAGGACGAGGGCGUCAGAAUUUGCCACACAUUUUGUUUUUAUUGCCAGGACUUUUGGAAAUGUGGAAUGCUGGAAUGGCAAUUUGCUUUACUCUCGUCCUAUUGGCUUUUCACCGAAUCAUCGAAUUAAAGUGUGCUGUUGAAUUUUUAUAUGCAAGUGUGCCAGCAGUGGUUUACAUUUCGUUUGUGCGAUUUUAUAAAUUAUCCGAAAUCACUUUUACCAACAACAGCAUUUUCGAAAUGGAAGCAUUCGUACAGGGUUUCAGUGGAUUGUGUUUGUUUUUAUUGAGCAUAACUGACGCGUUUACAAUAUACAAACAGCGCAAUAAACCUCUUGGUAUUAAAAAAUCCGAUGAUGAUGAAAAAAAUAUUGGAUACAAACACUCUUACUCAACUUUUUAUUCAAGAAUGAUAUUUUGGUGGUUAACUCCGUUGUUAUGGCAAGGAUAUAAGGAACCAUUAGAACAAGAACAUCUCGGACAUAUGCGGGAGGAAGAUAGUGCUCGAGCUUUUUAUGAUCAGUUCUUAUUAAUCUAUAAAACUGCAAGUGCUGGUAACAAACAUCCAUCACUAUGGUUAUGCUAUUUGAAGAGCAGUUGGCCCAUGUUUACUCUUGGUGGAUUGCUAAAAUUCUUCGGAGAUCUAUCGGCACUCGUUGGACCGAUUUCAAUUGAUUUAAUUGUUUCGUAUGUUGAGCAAUUUUACAAAUACCAAUCGACAAUGGCCCUCGACUCGAAUGAAAUAAUAAAAAAACAAAAUGUAUCCGAGCAACAAUUGGAUAAAACUUUUCUACAAAUUGGUAAUAAAAGGAUUUUAAAUGGAAUCGUUUGCAUACUAAUAGGAGUUAUAUUUUCAGCCAAUCGAGUGAAUUCUGCUACUGCCACCAAUCCCUUUGACUAUCAUCAUCAUCAACAUCAACAAAAUCACCAAAACUACAAAUACGAGCAUCAGGAUCCUAUAAUGCUUUUGCCUGCAGUUGUUGUUCCUCUGAUGUCUAAAGUGGACAUUGUAAUUUACUACCCCUGCUGGGCGGAUUUGAUGUCAAAUGGAUGGGCAAUAGCUUGGUGUGUUUUUGUGGCAUCGUUGGCACAAGGCACUCUUUCGCAAGCCUCCACACACAUUUUGAAUAUGACUGGAAUACGAAUAAAGACAUCCUUGCAAGGUUUGAUUUAUCGAAAAACACUACUCCUAAGCUCAAGUUGUUCACCAUCAGCUAAUACUAAGAGCAGCCCUACCAAAACUGAUAACGAGGGGGUUGUUGUUGUUGAUGGUAAAUUUGAACAAGUCAACAAACAUGGUCAUUUAAAGAAGAUGACAACAACGACUACGACGAUGAAGAAGAAAAUGGAAAAAGAGAAAGAAGGAGGAGGAGGAGGAGAAAGGAGUUUUACAAAAGCGAUUAGUUGUGAUAACGAUGUUGGAGCAGUAACAAAUCUUAUGUCAGAGGAUACCCUAAAUAUUAUGUCAUUCUUCUGGAUAGCACACUAUGUUUGGGCAAUACCAUUAAAGAUUGGCGUGGUGAUUUAUUUGCUUUACAUGCAAUUGGGAGAAAGUGCAAUUAUUGGCUCUAUCGUCUGUAUCCUGACAGUGACCCCCUUACAAUUUCUAAUUGGAAAAGCAAUGUCAAAUAAUUCGGAAACUGUUGCGAAAUGCACAGACGAACGUUUGAAGAGAACACAUGACGUUUUAUGUGGCAUCAAAAUAAUCAAACUAAAUGCUUGGGAGAACGUUUUUGGAGACAAGAUUCGAGCAGCUCGAGAUAUGGAGUUAAAGUUCUUGAACAAAGAUUCAUUUUAUUGGACAUUGAUGACAUUUCUUACUCAUGCAUCAUCGGUGCUAAUAACAUUCGUUACGCUAGCUGUUUACGUCAACAUGGAAACCCUCGACAAUGGUAGCAGCAUGAACAAUACCAUUCUGCCGACAGUUGUGGCUUCCAACGGAAGCAAUACGUCAGCAGCAAGCACAAGUUACAAUUCUACAAUAACGACAAUGAUGAUGGCGAUGAUGAUGAUGGGUAACAAAAGUGAGCAAAAGAUGGCAGCGGUUGAGUUCACAGCAAGUCGAUUGUUCUCCGCCCUAGCCCUGUUCAACCAACUCACCGUACCAUUGCUGAUUUUUCCCAUUACGGUGCCAAUAAUCAUUUCCGCCAUUGUCAGCACACGACGAUUGGAGCGGUUCCUUCGUGAACGGGAAGUGAAAAAGCAGUUUGAAGGAAUUCGCCACAUGGCUCGUAUACUCAGCAAAAGUGACGCAUCUUUGGAUAUGUAUGAAGAAAAUGAAAUGCGGACAACUCCGAUUUUACUACCCCCUCCUCCAGUAUACACCCCUUCACAAUCAUCACCAAGAGAAUCGUUGUCGUCCUUAUCCACCAGUGUCACGUUCGAUUCUGGGGCAAUUCAACUUCCACCAAACAAUCAGCCAUCAUCGACAGGUUCAAGCCCACAACCAUUAUCUCAACCAUCACCCACUCUUGUUUCGGGACUUGCCUUGCCCACGACAACGACGGAGAACUUGAUUAAGCACGACAAUGUCAGGAACAAUGCCUGUGACGUAAAGCAACAACUUGAAAAGGAGGACCAUUCAACAACAAAAACAACAAGAAGACAAGAAGAUUCCACAGAAGGUGAGCUUCUACCGGUGGUCCGCCGGAUGGUUACCCAAGACAAACUGAACGGAACAAACGAUUGUCAACAAACAUCAUCGCCAACAAAAAAACACAAGGACUUGACUCGGAGUUCCCGAAUUGAACGGUCGUCCAGAUCGAAACACCCGAAACUGUCAUCGACCAGUUCGUUGCAAUUUCAGGCUGCUGAUAACUUGGCUGUGUUCGUAAAGAAUGGACUUUUUUCAUGGGACAAUUGCAAUACGUUGCUACGGAUCGAUAGUUUGGAAAUUCCUAAAGGUCGUCUGACGUUGGUUGUUGGAAAAAGUGGGAGUGGAAAGUCUUCCCUGUUGGGUGCUCUACUAAUGGAAAUGCAACAAAUAUCCGGUGAAAUUGUCUGGAAUAAAUUCGCAACAAUUGCAUAUGUCCCCCAAGUGCCAUGGCUUCAACAUGCUAGUAUACGUGAGAAUAUCCUUUUUGGCGAGUCAUUUCGUCCGAAACGCUACAACAUGGUCCUGGAAUCGUGUGCCCUCAAGCCAGAUAUAGAACUGAUGCCCAAAGGCGAUAUGACAAUAAUCGGAGAACGUGGAAUAAAUUUGUCUGGUGGACAGAGGCAGCGCAUUGCUAUAGCAAGAUCUUUGUAUUCCUCAGCGAAUGUUGUCAUCAUGGACGAUUCACUUUCAUCGCUGGACAAUGAAGUUUCCGGGCACGUUUUUGAAAGAAGCAUUAGAAAAAUGUUAUUAAAUGCCAAUCGGACUGUUAUUCUGGUAACUCAACGUUUGCAAUUGAUACACACUGCAGACUAUAUUGUCGUUAUGAAGAAUGGUUGUAUGCAAGCAGCUGGUAGCUACAAGGAUAUCGAAGCAAAUCAUCCGAAAAUUGUAGAUAGAUGGAAGACGAUUAUUACAAUGAGUGAAAAAGACAAAUUAUGUCGAGGAAGAACAGCAAGUGAACGAUGGAAGCUAUUCAAGAACAUAACAAAACUUGGUCUUCAACGUCUGCAUACUUCAGUUGAGAAUGAACAACAUUUUCCUUCUUUGCCAUCGGCCUUUUAUUGCAAACCAAAAAAACGUUCAAGCUUCUAUGGAUCAAGGCAUCUAAUCUACGAUAUGCCUAUUCCAAUCGAUGAAUGCCAAAACGACGAUGUUAUCAUACGACGUCGUCAUCCAGUUGGAUUUGGACCGAAUUCAACUGCAUCAGGACAAAGACGACGUGCAGCACAUUCCUUUGAAUUAAAACGCUACAGUUCUUUGCAUAAAAAAGAAAUUCUUCGUGUACACUCUUUGCAGCCAGAAUUGAGAGAAUUGGAACAAAUUCCUCCAUCACCGUUAUCAUCGUCGUUUUCAUCGUCGCAAUCGCAAUCGCCAGUAAUGAGAAAUAUCUCUUUUGCCUUUCCGCAACAGAAGCAUCAGAAACAACAGCAAAGCUUCGAUGAAUCUAUGACACGCCUUCAAGGUGAUGAUUUGGACUUGAAGUCAUCGAAAAUAGGAUUCCAGCAAUUUUUGCAUCGAAUGUCAUCUCGCAAAUCGAAUCAACCAAAAACACCAACGGCUAAGAACCAUCAUCACCAACAUCAUCAUCCACAUCAUCGUCCUGUCAGCGCAACCAAUUCUAUUGUUUGUCAUGUGAUAGUCGGGAUUUUCAGUAGCAUAAGUGAGGAACCUAUUCCAUCGACGGAUGGAUCGACCCAGACGAGUUGGGUGGAAGAUGAGUCGGAUGUUAUUAAAGAUAUAAAUCCUGAUUCAUUGACAGAUGCAAAUGACAACAAUAUUCAGGUAUCUGACGAUGAGCGUAAAUACGGAGAAAUCCCUGUUGAAAUUUACAUGCUCUAUUUGAAAUCAGCUGGAUUGCCAAUAGUUUUGGUAUUUUUCACAACUGCCUUGAUAUGGCAAUGUUUACGAGUUUAUACCGAUGUAUGGUUACAACGGUGGACUGAACAAACAACAACAACAACAACAGCAAAAAGCAAUUCCACCUUGUCAAGUGUAAGUGAAGUUGGAGUUGAAGUUGAAGUUGAAGUCAUGUACUAUUUCCGGACGUAUGCCAUUAUCUCAAGCAUAUGCAUUCUAAUGGCGUUAAUAACAACUCCUGUGGGACAAAUUGCCGGAUGUAAUGCCAGGAGACUGCUACACGACAAGCUGCUGCAAUCGAUCUUGACCAAGUCUUUGCAUUUUUUCCAAAUCACUCCCAUGGGAAGGAUAAUGAAUCGUUUCAGUAAUGAUAUGGCGAUAAUCGAUAAGAAAAUUGCAGCAACAAGUCAGAGACUCCUACAAUUCAUGCUGUUGUGCCUGUGUGCGAUUCUGAUUAAUGUUAGCAUAACGCCAUGGUUUGUGCUUCUAACGCUUCCAAUAUGCACCGCAUACUACAUCAUUCAAAAGUUCUACAGAUGCUCGUCAAGAGAACUCCAGCGAAUUGAAAAUAUGACAAACUCACCAGUUAUUUCACAUUUAUCAGAGACUAUUGAAGGUGCUGUUACAAUUCGAGCAUACAGUCAAGAAGCCAGAUUUACAGAGAAUUUAUUUAAACAUCUUGAGGCAAAUAAUAUUGCUUUCACUCUUCUCAAUACCAGUAAUCGUUGGUUGGGUAUAUCACUGGAUUACUUGGGAGCGGUAAUCGUUUUCGUGGCCAUAGUGACAGCAUUGGUUGCAGCCACUAUUAACACCACUAACAAUAGCAACGCCACCAACAGCAGCAUCACGAAAAGCAAUAACGCUUCUCCUCAUAUGGAAACAGCGUCACAUGGACCAACGCCAUCACUUGUUGGUCUAGCAAUAAACUACACUCUCCUGGUACCGAUUUACCUUAACUGGGUGGUGAAACUUUUUGCUGACAUGGAAAUGUAUGUGGGCUCCGUGGAACGUGUUGCAUAUUAUGCCGAGCAAGAGCACCACCAUCAGCAUCAGCAGGAGCAAGAGCAAGAGCAGUUGGAGCAGAAGACAUUGCCGCCACAUAGAGACAAUGAACAGACUUCAUCUUUAACCAGUCAUGAGGGAAGCAAUGUGAAUCCUUCGCUCAGAAGGUCCUGCUGCCAGGAUGAAGUCAUCUAUAAAUCGGUACCAAUUUCAUGGCCACAAAAGGGUGACAUCACAUUUGAAAAUGUCAGCAUACGAUAUGAGGGCCAAAAGGCAAAUGUUAUCACGGAUUUGUCUUUGAAAAUACCCGCUGGUCAAAGGGUUGGUCUCUGCGGUAGAACAGGCAGUGGAAAAUCAUCACUAGUUUUGUCAUUGUUUGGUGUUCUCGAGACUGUUUCAGGACGAAUAUUAAUUGACGAUGUGGUUAUUGCAGAAAUAAAUCCAGAUGAAAUUAGAUCAAGGCUAUCGAUAAUUCCACAGGAUGUACAUUUGUUUCAUGCUAGUAUACGUGAGAAUUUAGAUCCUAGAGGACACUAUUCAGAUGCUGACUUAUGGAAGUGCUUAGAACUAGCUCAACUUAAGGAUUUCAUUAUCAAAUCAAUGCCGCAGGGCCUUGACACUGAAAUAAAUGAUGGCAGUAAAACAUUGAGUGGUGGUUAUAAGCAGCUAUUUUGUCUUGCCCGUGCAAUUUUGAGAGGAUCUGUUUGUCUUUUCCUUGAUGAAGCUACAAGUUCAAUGGACACAACCACUGAAGCCGCUCUAAUGGAAGCAGCACAUAAAGUUUUUCAAGGAAGAACAAUUAUAACAAUAGCGCAUCGACUUUCGAUUUUAAUGGAAUAUGACAGAAUUAUUGUUUUGGAAAAUGGACAAAUCGUUGAAGAUGGUACUCCAGCUGAGUUGCAAUCAAAUUUGAAUGGACAUUUUUAUGCAUUACUUAAUUCUGAACACAUACCAGCUGCAGUAGUAGUAGAUGUAACAAAUGUGACAGAUGUGACAGAUGUGACAGUUAAAUCAAAAAGCAGUUAA